CCGCCGCCACGUGACCUGACGUCAGGCGGGGCGGGGCUUGGGGGUGGGGGGAAGAGGAGCGCUGCGCGCCGGAGGGAGCGGUCACGAGGCUGCCUCAGCUCCCGCUCCCUUUGCCGGGCACCUGCGCGGAGGAUCCGGCCUCCCUCGCCCGGGCUAAGAUGGCGGCCGCCAGCCUGGCACUGAGCGCCCUGCGCCUCGACGCCUUCCCCGGCCUGCUGCCGGCCUUCGCCGCCUCCGUCCGCCUCAACUCCAACCGCGCCGCCGUCUCCCACCUCCACAGGCAGCUCUACGGCCGGCUCUACCCCAUCCUCCUGGUCAAAACCGACGGCUCCACCGUCCGCCUCCGCUACAAAGAGCCGAAGAGGAUCCUCAUGCUGCCCCUGGACAGCAGCACGCUGCCCGAAGCGGAGCGCAAGGCCCGGCUGCGGAGGCAGUUCCCCAGCAGGCCGAAGGCCGGGCCGGAGGAGACCUUCGAGGGCAUCGACUUGGCCACCUACAAGCGGUUCUGGAAGAAGUGACUCCCUGAAAUUUAAAAAAAAAAAAAAAAAUUUCUUUUUAAAUAAAUAAGCGAAGACGGGGAAA